AUGGUUUUUGCUGAAUGUAAAUCAAAUGUAAAUCGACAUGAGAUAAGAAAAAUUCCUGAAGGAAUUAUUUUCGGAACAGCCACUGCAGCAUAUCAAGUCGAAGGUGCUCGGGAUGAAGAUGGUAAAGGUGAAAGUAAUUGGGAUCACUUCACCCACAAGGAGCCUUGCCCUGUAAAGAAUUGUGACACGGGUGAUAUUGCUAAUGAUUCCUACCACCAGUACAAACGAGAUGUGGAGAUGAUGAGGGAACUUGGUCUAGAUUUCUAUAGAUUUUCCCUGUCGUGGUCCAGAAUACUUCCAACAAGCUUCACAGAUAAAAUCAACGAGAAAGGUGUUCAAUAUUAUAACAAUCUUAUCAAUGAAAUGCUGGCUUACAAUAUACAACCAAUGGUCACUUUAUUCCAUUGGGAUUUACCUCAGAAAUUGCAGGAUAUGGGUGGUUGGACUAACCCUUAUAUUGUGGAUUGGUUUACCGACUAUGCACGGGUCGCCUUUGAAUUAUUUGGGGAUCGAGUCAAAUAUUGGUUCACCAUUAACGAGCCACGAGAAAUUUGCUAUGAAGGAUAUGGCGCUACGUCCGUUCCACCGACGCUUAAUAUAUCAGGAUAUGCUGAUUAUCUAUGUGCAAAGAAUAUCCUGGUAGCCCACGCUAAUACUUACCAUAUGUAUAAAAAAGAGUUCCAACAAUCACAGGCAGGUACUAUUGGUAUAGCUCUGAGUGUAAUUUGGUAUGAGCCGGAAUCCGAAGAAUAUAUUGAAGCAGCCGAAGAUGCUAGACAAUUUUCGUGGGGAAUAUACGCUAAUCCAAUUUUUUCAAAAACCGGCGAUUUUCCUGAAAUUGUGAAAGAUAGAGUGGCCGACAAAAGUCUUGCCCAAGGGUUCUCUCGGUCCAGAUUACCCGAAUUGAGCCCUGAUGAAGUUGACUUAAUUAAAGGAAGCUCUGAUUUCUUUGGAAUUAACCAUUACACAACUUACAUUAUAUACAGAAACUCCUCCUCCAUCUUCCCAACACCAUCAUUUUACGACGAUAUCGGAUCAGUGUUUUAUCAAAAGGAAACGUGGGAAGCAGCUGCUUCAUUAUGGCUGAAGGCAGUGCCUUGGGGCUUCUACAACGCUUUAACCAAGAUACGGACUGAGUACGACAACCCUCCUGUUUACAUCACUGAAAACGGCUUCUCUACUAGAGGAGGGCUGGUUGACGACAGCCGUAUCAAGUAUUAUCGAAAUUAUAUCAACGCAAUGCUGGACGCUGUCGAAGAUGGUUCCGAUAUCCGGUCUUAUACGGCAUGGAGCUUAAUGGAUAAUUUUGAAUGGACGGAGGGCUACACGGAAUGCUUCGGGCUGUACGAAGUGAAUUACAACGAUCCGAGCCGCACGCGCACGGCACGCAAAUCCGCCUACGUGUACAAAGAAAUAUUGCGCGCGCGACAACUUGACUUCCAUUACGAGCCCGAUAUUACGGUGCCCAUCACCAUAGACGAUGGACACUGGUAUGUGCUAUGUAUGUCCUGGAUGUUUUUUGCUGAAUGUAAAUCUGUGAAUCGACAUGAGAUAAGAAAAAUUCCUGAUGGACUUAUUUUUGGAACAGCCACUGCAUCGUAUCAAGUGGAAGGUGCUUGGAAUGAAGAUGGUAAAUCUGAAAGCAUUUGGGAUCGCGUUACGCACACAAAGCCUUGCCCAAUUCAAAAUUGUGACACGGGUGAUAUUGCAAAUGAUUCCUACCACCAGUACAAAAGAGAUGUGGCGAUGAUGAGGGAACUUGGUGUAGAUUUCUAUAGAUUUUCCUUAUCUUGGACAAGAAUACUUUCAACGGGCUUCCCUGAUAAAAUUAAUGAAAAAGGUGUUCAAUAUUAUAAUAACCUAAUUGACGAAAUGCUAAAAUAUAACAUACAACCUAUGGUUACCCUAUUCCAUUGGGAUUUACCACAGAAACUGCAGGAUAUGGGUGGUUGGACUAACCCUUAUAUUAUUGAAUGGUUUACGGACUACACUCAGGUCGCUUUUGAAUUGUUUGGAGACCGAGUGAAAUAUUGGUUCACCAUUAACGAGCCAAGAGAAAUUUGCUAUCAAGGUUACGGGAGUGCAUCCCUAGCACCUUUGCUAAGCAUAUCAGGAUAUGGUGAUUAUAAAUGUGUAAAGAAUAUACUGGUAGCCCACGCUAAAACUUACCAUAUGUAUAAAAAAGAAUUCCAACAAACACAAGGUGGCACUAUUGGUAUAGCGCUCAGUGUAACUUGGUUUGAACCGGAAUCUGAGAAAGACGCUGAAGCAGCCGAAGAAUCUAGACAGUUUCAGUGGGGCAUAUAUGCUAAUCCAAUAUUUUCAAAAACUGGUGAUUUUCCUAAAGUUGUCAAAGAGACAGUCGCCGCUAAAAGUCUUGCCCAAGGAUUCUCUCGGUCCAGAUUACCUGAAUUAAGCCCGGAAGAAAUUGAGUUAAUAAAAGGAAGCUCUGACUUCUUUGGAAUCAACCAUUACACUACAAAGAUUGUGUACAGAAACUCUUCAUUUGAUAACAACUUCCCAGUACCAUCAUAUUACGACGACAUCGGAGCAUUGACACAUCAAAACGAAACGUGGGAAACUGCUGCUUCAUCAUGGUUGAAGGUCGUGCCAUGGGGCUUCUACAACCUUUUAACAAAGAUACGGACCGCGUACGACAACCCUCCUGUGUACAUAACUGAAAAUGGCUUCUCUACAAAAGAGGGUUUGGUUGAUGACGGUCGAAUCAACUACUACAGACUUUACAUCAACGCAAUGUUAGAUGCAAUCGACGAGGGUUCCGAUGUCCGGGUCUAUACGGCAUGGAGCUUAAUGGAUAACUUUGAAUGGAUGGCAGGCUACUCGGAACGCUUCGGACUUUACGAGGUGAAUUAUAACGAUCCGAAACGCACGCGCACGCCCCGCAAAUCCGCCUACGUGUACAAAGAAAUAUUGCGCACGCGCGAACUUGACUUCCAUUACGAGCCCGACAUUAGUUUGCCUAUCGCCAUCGACGAAGGACACUGA